UGUGUGUGUGAGAGCCUGACUGAUGAAACCCAUUUCAUGGGGAGCUGUGGUGCAGGCAGCAGCCCUGUUCCAUGGAUGGGCCUGAACGCCCAUGGGGACCCGGGUUCGAGUCCGACUCGCGGUCAUUUCCCGAUCUCUCUUCAGCUCGCUUCCUGUCUCUCUUCACUUUCCUAUCAAAUUAAAGACAAAAAGCCCAAAAAUAAAUCUUAAAAAAAAACAAAAAAAACAUUUAAUUUCAGAUGGGCAUCCUGAAUGGGUGACCAGGUCUGAGACACACAAGUGUGUAGUUCAAUAACCAGGUCUGAGAAACAGAAGUGUGUAGUUCAAUAACCAGGUCUGAGACCACAGAAGUGUGUAGUUCAAUAACCAGGUCUGAGACCACAGAAGUGUGUAGUUCAAUAACCAGGUCUGAGACCACACAAGUGUGUAGUUCAAUAACCAGGUCUGAGACCACACAAGUGUGUAGUUCAAGUCCAAAGGCAUGAUGGGACUGUAGAGGGCGGGGCCUCACAUGGGCCCGUGCUACCUUCCUCUGAUUGGUCCAAGUGACGAGGCCACGCUCACGUCCUAAGAAAAGACGCGCCGCGGGGCCACGGGGGUGGAGGAGGCAGCUAAUCUUCCUGUCCAUGCUAGCUGGUGGCAUUAGCACUGUGAUAGUGUGGAUUAAGAUCAGGGGGGUUUAAGGAGCAAACAAUCUUCUUUUCAUUGUGCGAUCGCCACAGCCAAAGACCACCCGCGCCAUGAGAGCUGCCCACUGCUGCCUGCUGCUCGGGACCCUCCUCGCCCUCCUGGCUCAUCACAGUGAGGCUCUGCAAUGCUACACUUGUAUGGGCUCCACUGAUGAGGACUGCAACCGCCAGGGCUCCAAAUCAUGUCCGGACUACUCAGACGCAUGCGCCGUGGUGCGCGGUCAUGGCAGUGGAGUGAUGAAGUCAUGCUCCUACAAGUCCUUCUGUAGUCAGGCCAACAGUCAGGGUUACCGGGCUCCGGGGGUCAAAGUUCACUGCUGCUACUCUGACAACUGUAACUUAUCAGGCCACGCCACCCGACUGAGCGGAGGUGUCAGCUACCUGUUAGUCGCCGUGCCCGUGCUGUUGCGUCUCCUCUGGAACUAAACACACCCCUCCGCGCCGUCCCCUGCCUCAACCCAAGGCCAUCAUGACGUCAGCUUCAGACAUUCAGGAACUCCUGUUGCACCACUGUGAACCGAGUGGUCUAGCCCGCUUCUCCAGAGAGGAGAUCUUGCUACUAUUUACCAUAACCUGAACAAUUCUCAGAGUAAUCCCUGUAUGCAAAUGAUUAAAUCCUGCCCCCCCCC